AUGCAAAAUUUGAGGCAAAUAACCGAGUCAUCUUCAUCAUCCACAGAUCUUGAAAAAACAACAAGCGACCCACCUUCAAAUGCUACUACUGUGACGGUAAGUGUUGUAGCAGAAGCAGCAUCUUCUCCAGAUUCUUCCUCUUCAUCUACAACUUCAGCUAACACUAUGAUAAAAAAUUCAAAUGUCGGCAAUGGAAUAAUGAAACAUGUUCCUGAUACUGUCCUCAAUGAUGAACUUGACCAUACAAAUAUUGAAAAUCAGAUAACUAAUGAACAGCAAGAUUAUUAUGGAAGUAGUUCCUAUAAAAUGUUUAAAAAAAUAUUAACUUACAGAAUAUUACAACAAACACUACGACUAAAGAGACCUUUAGAAGAAGACCAGACAUCCCCCUCUGAAAAUAGAAGAAAAUUCAGGAAAAGAUCAUAUUCUUUGCCCAAUUUAUUAGCAACUCGAUCGAAUAAUAUUUCAAGUGAGUAUGAUCGUUCAUCUUCACAUUAUUUUAUGAAACCAGUGAACUCCAGCAACCAUAAUGAACAAAGAAAUAGAAUGGCGAGAGCUAAGAGUCGAACAAAAAAUAGUAAUGUUCCUCCUUUCACCCUAAAUUAUAACCACGAUAACAUUUGUACUAUUGUGUAUAAUAGUAAUAACUGCGAUAGAGUUGACGACGAUAAUUAUGACGAUUAUGAUGACGAUUUUGAUGACGAUUUUGAUGAUGAUGAUGAUGAUUCUGAUGAAAACUAUGAUUCCGAUGGUAACCGUAACGUCGAGUCAUUCACGUACAGAGAGAACACCGAGGAUAACUUAUUACCUCCCAUUAAUUUGAAAUAUCUAGAAGACUUAGAACUUUCUCAAGUUAUUAGAAAUGCUCAGCUAAGACAUGAUUUAAUAUUUGAUCCGUUCUUGAAGUUCAAACCAAAUCAAGAUCAAGAUCAAGCUCAAGCUCCUAAUGAUAAAUCUUAUCUAGAAAGCCAAGAUCAAUCUAAACUUUAUUGGAAUUUUAUCAGAGUAGAAUUAGCGCUUUCUGCAAAUACAUCAUCAUUAUCACCGGCUACUCAUAAUACAUUAGUAAAAAAAGCACAAAGCUCAAAAUUAUUAUUUAACCUAUUUGAAACUUUGAAAAAAAUAUUACUAACAAUUGUGCCAGAAGCCAAAUACGUACCCACAGCCUCGUCACCAUUUAAUAAUAAUAAUAAUAGUCAAGAGGAAACUCAUUCCAUCUUUACUUCGAUAAUAACUGAUUUCGACGCAAAUCUAAUAGUUCAAGAAUUAUAUUUGGGCGUUUUUGACAUUCCCAAAUUUUCUACCUGGAUAACUACAUUGUUAAGGAAAUGUUGUGCUCCCAUAAGAGAUCCAUUAAUUGGCUACAUUGAGCAAAAUUUUCAAUCAAUUUUUACCAAUGAUGAUAACAAUACAGUCAUUUCUAUAUCAAAAUUUGUAGAUUGUUUGAAUCAAAUUUUCAAAAUAUUAAAGCUAAUGAAAUUAGAUAUUGUUAAUUAUGAAUUAAGAUUGUUUAGACCGAAUUUACUAUUGUACACAAUUGAUUUCGAAAAGAAUUAUUUUGAAAAAUUAUACCAAUUUGACAGUUGUCAGAUUAUGAAUUCAACACUUGCUUGGUUUCAAGAAAAUUUAGACAAUGAGAAAAAGAGACUAAUAUUAAAGAAUGAAGUUGUUGAAGGAGAUAACGCAAAUGUAUCGGUUAUACCGCAGGAGAAAAAUCAAUUUUAUUAUAGGCUAUUUCUCAAAAGUGUCCUUAAUUUGCUUUCAUGUUGUAACAUUGUUGAAAAGUUCCCUGAAGGAUUUUUUUUUGAUUUUGAUAAAUUGGUAUUAUUAAGGGUCGAUGUGAGACAAAUGAUCUGCCAAUAUAUUUGUAAGAUGUUAUAUGAAACCAUGGUAAGGAGAGACACUCACAUUUCCCCUAUGGAUAAGACAUAUUUACUGUCAAAAAAAGCAACUAAUCAAGUAAUUAAUGGAAUUGAUACCAUUAUUAAGAAUAAAAAUGGGCACUGUAAAUGGUCUAAUAAUAUAAACUCUAUAUCUGUUCAACUUUGCUAUUGGGUUCAAAGUUACUAUAAAGAGAAUAUUAAUAUGUCUGCUUCUUCACCAUCAUCCUCAUCUAUGAAAUUAGAUGGCAAAAUGGUUGAGUUUUGUAACAAUUGGUUAACAAGACAAUUCAACCCAUCGAGUAAGAUAUAUACCAUGUUAGAAAAUAAAUUAUUGAGUGCAUUAGAAGAAAUAAUUUUUGAGGGAUCUGAAAUUAACGAUGAUGGAGAAGUAAAUUGCAAAUUUCUCUUUAGUUUUGGUAUAGAUUCUCCCUUCUCAAUGUCACACAGAAAGUCAGCUUUCACAAAUACUCUAAAUAUAUCCAGCGGUAGCUCUAAAAUAAACAUUUCCAAUAAUAUUCCAAAUCACCCUAUAAGAAACUACAAACAUAUUGACAACAAGCAUCCGAGUUAUUAUUCUAUCAAAAUAGAUCCUGAGAAUAGCAUCCUUUUCUCUUUUCGAUAG